AUGAAGACUCUCUCAUUCUUCUUUUCCAUCAGCCUUCUCGGCACCUCGCUCCUGGCUGCUGCCGCACCCAACUGUCGAUCUUACAUCACUCCAGGCUCUUGA